AUGGACAUUGCGAGCGUGUUUUCAGCUCUUAAUCACAACCCAGAACUGAAGGACCUAUCGUACAUCGACUUUCAACGUUUGCUACGCUGCGCAAGUGCACUCAAAGACGAUAUACUCCAGCCGCAGCCUCACAUGGUCUCUGUGAUUGCUCCACCUGACGUCCUACCCCCGAUUAUCACUGAAUUCCUGAGCGACUCGUUUCACAUCACACUCGAAGCUGUCGACAUGCUGUGGGAUGUGGUCAAGGACAUCGUGUGGGUGCUUCCCACAGAACUGGAGGAACGGGAAGCAGUCGAGACAAUGUUUCGUCUCCAUGGUAAAGAUCGAGGUCUUGCUGCCCUUGUCCUAUACCCGCCAAACAAGACAUGUAUCAAUGCGGAGUGCAUUGCUCAGCAGUGCGGUUCGGUACUCAAAAAGGAAGAGCAGCGUCGGAUCGUCGUUUUCACUCAAGCAGAGGGUGCGCAGUGCGCGUGGUCCAUUCACCUCAAAUGCAGAUUGUGCAACUCGAACUACCACCAUAACUACGCUGUCCGAUCAGGGGUUAGACACUAUUAUGGAGGACUACCGAGGUACCUUCAGGUAGGGGAGCACCAAUUCGUCGAGUACGAGCUCGCUAUGCACUGGACGGACUUAAUGCAGAUAGCUGUAUCUGCAACAAACUGCGCACGUCUAUACGAUAUUGCUCAAGUUCGUCGCAACUCACAUGAUCAAGACUGGCAAUUUAAGACUUCCCCCACGACUGAAGAAGUGUGGGACACAUUCGUCCUCCUUGCUCUACUCGAUGAUCACGAGCGCCGUGGCUCUCGUCUGUGCAUCCCACAUGAUCAAUAUCAAAAGGACCGCUACACUAUCGCCAUGCGCACCCGCAAUGAAUACAUCAUUACACAUGGCCAGUACGAGCUUCCGCAUGCUUGUCGUGGAUGUAUGCGUGUUUUUCACAUGCCUGAUGGCACGACUCACUACACUGAAGUUGUUGUUACCGACGGUGUUACUGUCGGACGACCCUGUUGUGCGGUUCCACAUUGCAAGAAUUCCCUCGAGAGCACACGUCACCGAUUCUGCUCUGCUGAUCCCGAUCACAAGCAGCGUGAGACCAUGUGCGCAGUCGAAGGGUGCGACAAACCUGUUGCACAUGACGACCACACUGGCAAGUAUCGGAAAGCCUGCGUCGAUCCGGUUCACCUCAAGAUGGAGGAUAUGAAGACAGUGUCGAUGCGGAGUGGGAAGAGUAAGACACAGAGGACGAAGACGGCAAAGCUCAAUGAUGCACUCACCAGUGCUGGUGCAGAUGAAGAUGCUUUGCCUGUUCAGGAUAUCGACGAGUGGUACAAUCACAACCCUUCUACCGGCAAUGUCAGCCUUGUACAGGCUUCGUCUUCCUCAUCAACAGGAGUGACGGACUGUUUGCCUUCGACCAGCGGCAUAGACUCGCAGAUGCUGGAUGUGUGUCCAGAUAAGGAUGAAGCAGUUAAGCUCAAGGCCACGUUCUUCCGGCAGCGGACCAACAACGAGCAAUUGUUUAUACGCCCUUGCGGUGUGAUAUCUGGUCGUGGAACCAUGUACCACCACGAAGCUGUCUCAAAUGUGCUGGUCUUGUUCGAAAAAAUAUUCUCUCUCCCCCAUGCACGUAAACCACAACACCUCAUCUACGACUCUAACUGCAAUGCACUCCGUGAGGUCGAGAGCCGCAAAAUCAAAUUCUUCGAGGGUAUGGGCAUGUGUGUAGAUGCUUUCCACCACAAGACAAAGCACAAGGCCAGCGACACAUUUUGUCAGCAACGUUGUGACAUGAAGGCAUACCCGGAGCUACUUGAUGAGCGAGGCGGGUAUUAUUUUAAUUCCUCGAUCGCAGAACAAACAAAUGUUUGGUUCGGUGGCUUCCACAACAUGUGUCGGGAGAUGACACCGGUAAAAUAUGAUUUUUUUCUCGAUGAAAUGAUACUCCGUCGAAAUCGUGUUACUGUCUUUAACUUACAGCAGAAUGGUAAACAACCUCAUCACCCAUCUCUCAUGUACUCGUACUCAUAG